UCAACCGGCCAGUCGAGCUCCGGGCUCCAAAGUCUUUUUACCUCAAGUGUUUAUAUUUUUUAUUUUACAUUUGUGUGUAUAUUAUUAACAAGUAAAGGAUUUUUUUAUUUUCAACUGAAAAUUCAAGAUAGCAUGUCUUGACAAGUUAAUGAAUCUUCAAAACGGAGACACGGAAGUUAAGGGUUUACCAAAAUGGCGCGUGAUAAGGAUCUUCCGCGAAAUUACACGGUAACAAAUGUUGCUAAAAUCUUCCAUAAUUUUCCACAUGUUAAUGUGUCUCUACACUCAGUCAACAAUACCUUCAAUCCUCAUUCAGAGAUUUAUCUCGAGUCUUUGGGUAUACUAGCAAGCCUGCCAGCAGUAUGGCUAAUUUUAACACUUCUGGUACUGUUAUUGUAUUUGGUAACAAGAUGUUGUGAUAGAAAACCACGUCCAAGAAGAUCAAUAACAUUAUUAAAAUGUUUAUUAGCAAUAUUAGCAGUAAUAUGCUCAGCAGUUAUUGCAAUUGGUUUAUGGGGUAAUGAUGAUGUACACAAUGGUAUCAUAAAAUUUCUUGAAUCAGCUAAAAAUAUUGAAACAAGUAUAACAUCAAUUAAAAAUCGUACAAAUAUCAUUGAAUUAACAUUAAAAAAAAAUUUAGAACCAGGUAUAACAUCAAUGCGUGAUGAAUUUGAUAAUCCAGUUGGAAAUAAAACAGCAUUAGAUUAUUUAUUAAAAACAUGGGAAAAUAUGUCAUACAAUACAAGUAUUGUACUAAAUAAAAGUAUGGAAAUACGUAAACCAUUAAAUGGUAUUGAUUUAAAAUAUGCAAUUAAUAUUGGUAAUAAAAUUGAAUUUUAUAGAUAUCCAUUGACAAUGGGUAUACUAAGUGGUUUACUAAUAUUAUGUGUAAUUCUGCUGGUCGGAGUUGCACGUCAUUCAAGAUGUGCAUUAAUAACAUUUUCAGUAUUUGGUUUAUUUGCUGUUAUAAUAUCAUGGUUAAUGUCAUCCAUGUAUUUAUCAAUAUCAGUUGCACUUGGUGAUUUAUGUAUAUCACCAAAUAAUUAUUUAACAAAUAAUUUACCAUCAACAUUGUCAUCUGAGGUAUUAAAUUAUUAUACAAAUUGUGAAAAUAUGAGAAAUAAUCCAUUUACACAACGUUUAAGAGAAGGACAAGCAGCUGCUGUUAAUAUGAGAACAAGUCUUCUUACUGCUGAACGUAUUGCACUUGAUUUAUUUAAAGAUCGUCAACUUGGAACAAAGUUAAAUAGUUUAAGAACAGAUGUUAAUAAAAUUAAUGUUGAUAUAUCUGGUUUAACAGCAUUAUUAGAUUGUAAUCCAUUACAUAUACAAUAUAUACUUGCUGUUAAUAAUAUUUGUGACACUGGAUUUUUUGGUUUAACAUUAAUGUUAAUAGCAAGUGUUGGUGCUGGUUUAUUAUUUACAAUUAUGGUAUGGAUUGAUUCACAUACAUGGAUUUACAUAAGAAAACGAAGAGAUUAUCACCAAGUUGAUGAACAGGAUCCAUAUUUACCACCAUCAGCAGCAUCACAAGCAAUUGCAGCAAGGACACUUCGUGGCCAAGGGUCGUACCCGCCUACAGCCCCUCCUCUUAAUCAGAAUGCUCAUGGCACGAAUAAUACAAUUAAGCAGCCUCUUCUGCUAACGCCGCCCCCGCCAUCCUACGCAACAGCAACAGCUCGAGCACGCCAGAUGCACGAGAGCAUGCUAAUAAAAGGUGGGGGGAUUAACGGAAAUGGAGGAACAAUUGAUCACAAAUCGGCUCAGCAUAAUCAGCACGCUACGAGUGGACGAGGUGAGCACAGAUCUGGACUCGGAGAUCAACCUGGUCAGUACGCAACUUUAAGUAAACAGUGCAAAACACUUGAAUCCAGUGAUUUUUACUGAGGGCACGCCCCCUCGGGACCCGGUAGAGAACCACCUUGGACUCCCAGUGUGGCAUCAUUUACUGGUACGAUAUCUCAUAAUUCUCAUGGACCGGCACAUUUAGCAACAUUUCAAGACUCACGUAAAACUCAAACACUUGAUCCAAAAAAUUUGGCAAAUUUAAAACGUGGACCAACACAAGCAUGGAAUCAAAAUCGUCCAUUACCACCAAAUCCAACAAAUCAACCAACAUGGGAAUUUGAAUCACGUUCACAAACAAAUAUGAAUCAAUUUCGUUCAUUAGUACGUAAUAAAACAUCAAACAUUCGUAUACAAGAUCAAAUGCAAGAUCAAGUACGUACAUUAGAUAGAAAUUUUAAUCGUGGACAAUAUAAUAAUCAUAAUAAUAAUAAUAACAGUAAUAAUAAUAAUAUGACAAAUGGUAAUGGUGUACCAAAUAUGUAUGGUACAUAUAAUCGUUCACAUAAUCGUCAAGAUAAAGCAUCAGCUGUGCCAACAUUGAGUCAGGUGCAAGGAAGUGAUCCAAAUCUCUAUGCAGUCACGGAAUUGUAAAAAUAAUAACAAUACACAUACACACACAUGAAUAUUUAAUAUUUAAAACAACAAAAAAAAUAAAUAUCAAAUGAGUUAAAAUAAUAAUAAUAAUGAUUAUGAAAAAAAAAAGAAUGUUAAUACGUAGCCGAAGAAUGAAAAACCAAAGCAAGAGAGUAAUGAGAAAAAAAAAACAAAAUAAUAAUUAAAGAAACAAAACAAAAAAAAGUUGAAGAAAGAUAUUUGAGUACUUGAAACUUUUUUAAAAAAAACGAGGGGGCGAAAUAAAUUGGUUUUAUUUUAUUUUUCUUUGAAUAAUUGGGAUUGAUAAGAAAAAGUAAGCUUUGAAUUGAAAAUUAUAAUAAUAUUUUUUAUUUUCUAUGCUGAUUUAUAAUUACGUUUUAGUUGUUGUCUUUUUAAUUGUAAUAUUUUGUUUAAUUAUAUUUUUUUGCGUUUGAUUUAUUUGAUAUGCAAAAAAAGACAAAUUUUAAAUAUCGCUAAUGAUUUAAAUAUUUUUUUUUUUUUUUUUACAUCACAAAAAGAAUGAAAGAAAAUUUAAAAAAAAAAUGAAAAAAUAUGAAAAUUAAUUUGAGCACAAAUUUGACGACAACUAUUACAUUUAAUGUGAGAGGGAUACCAAAAGACACACACAUUUUUCAAUUUCAUAUAAAUUUUAAUUUUUCAUUAUUAAAUACAAAAUUGCGCAAUUUUUUAAUGUCAAUAUAAUAUUUGUGAAUAAUAAUUUUAUAAUUAUUUUAAAUAUUCAAAGAAUCUCAUGAAUAUUUUAACAACAAAAAUAAAAUAAAAUAAAAGUACUACAAUUGCAAAAUGUUAAUUAAGUAGAUUUAAAAUAAAGAAAAAAAAAAAAACUGCCAUCAAGAUUCUUUAGCAAACAUGAAAAACCAACAAAAUAAAUUAAAAUGUUUUUAAAAAACAUUAUCAUUUUAUAUUUUUCUCUUCGUACUUAUUGAAAUAAAUAAAUAAACAUCACUUGGGAUUAAUAAAACAUCAUCAACAUAAUUUAAAAAAAUAAAAACAACGAAGUCAUUAUGACGAAAUGGGUCAAUAAUCCGAAAUAUUAAAAAUGGCAUAAUUCUGUACAUAAGUAGUUAAAAAAUAUAAGGUUUAUUAAUUAGACGGUGUAAAGUGUGAUAAUAUUAAUCAUCAAUGUUCUCUCGAGAUGAUAGUUUUAAAGAAAUAAAAAAAAAAAAAUUAAUAAAAAAAAAAACAGUGCCAUUC